UGGGGGGGCUUUGAGAGCUGUCGGACGCCUGCGGCUGAUCUCGCUUUCAGGAGAGGCAGCGAGGAGGAACGGCGGCGGUUUAUUCCCUUAGACCGAGCCUGAGCUCACCCGCCGUUGUUUGUGCAACGUAUUGCGAUGUGCCCAACCCCUCCUUGACUCGGCGACGCCGGCUGGAGUACCUGCCGGUCUCCAAACGUCACCAGGCUCCGGUUAUAAAGCGCAGGCGAUAGAGCAUCUCCCCGGCUCCAUCUCUCCGAGAGGCGCAUCUUCGAGAAGCGAGCCGUACACGCGGGUGGAAAGAUGUUUUAUUCGGGUAUCCUGACGGAGCCAAGUAGAAAAGAAGUGGAGAUAAGGGAAGCGGCAUCUCUCCGCCAGCAGAGGAGGAUGAAGCAGGCGGUUCAGUUUAUUCACAAGGAUUCUGCAGAUCUCCUCCCUCUUGAUGGACUGAAGAAGCUGGGGACUUCAAAAGAUACUCAACCACAUAAUAUCCUGCAGAAGCGCCUGAUGGAGACAAAUUUGUCAAAAAUACGAAGCAGCCGAGGCAGCUGGACCCUGAAGAGUGAUAUCUCAGCACAGACCAACAAGCUGAAUCAAACAAAACUGGGCAGCUCAGGGAAAACGGAGGAUGAGGAGCUCAUAGUGGUGAGCUGCCAGUGCGCGGGGAAGGAGCUGAAGGCCGUGGUGGACACUGGCUCGCAGCACAACCUCAUGUCGUCUGCCUGCCUGGACAGGCUCGGGUUAAAGGAGCAUCUCAAAGCAUUCCCUGGUGAAGACGAGAUGGUUUCACUGCCAUCCAAGGUGAAGGCCAUCGGCCAGAUCGAGUGUCUCACCCUCACGGUGGGAGCGGUUCCCGUGGAGUGCGCUGCCGUCGUCGUGGAAGACAGUGAGAAACCCUUCUCCUUUGGGCUGCAGACACUGAAAUCUCUGAAGUGUGUCAUAAACAUGGAGAAGCACCAUCUCGUUCUGGGGAAGACGGACAGGGAAGAAAUCCCGUUUGUGGGCAGUGGCAGCGCUGCGGCGGGAGAGCACAGUACGGAGGCAUAAAGAGAAAUUGAAACGCCAUCCCCGCACAAGAGCUUGACAUCAAAGAAAUCCUGUGCAGCUGUUCCAGAUGAAACAGCGGCGUGCUGCUUUGAAAACAUUUAUACUAGGCUACAGUUUGAGUAGAGCUAAAUGAAAUCUUGUUCAGUAGCCAGUAAUUUAGAGAUAUUGUCAUGUUUAUCUAUGGGUUUUGAGAAACAAAUGUGUGCUUAUUUUCUGGACUUUUCUAUAUAGUGUCCUCUUUAUUACAAACAGUUGGGAAAACCUUAUGAAUUUCUUCUGAUGAGAAAAAUACUUUUUAUAGUGGCCUUGUAUGAGUAAUUGUAUUUAGCUGUGAUUAGAGGCUAUCAGAAUGAAAUUUGUAUUAAUGAUUUUUCCAGGGGCUAAGCAUUUAUAUUGACUUAAUUGAUAUUGCCACAUUCAAAUGGCCAUUACCAGGAAGUUACUCAGAGUAAAAUAACAACGCUAAUACCACCUAGGAAUUAUAGCUCAUCCUGUUAGCAUAGUAUUGUUGCCAUGUAAUUAGGGAUGCAACUGCUGGCUUGAUGAGAAAGAGCAAUUAUAGAAUUAUUAAUGGGUUAUAGGCUUCUCUGCGGUGGCGUGGCAGAAGCACAGAAACAGGGUUUGGGAGGGCGCCCGGGAAGAUCUCCCGCAGCCCCCAGCUCACUGUGGGGAUGACGCCGGCACAGGGGCAGCCUGUCGUGGUGCUGCCUCGCUGGGGCUCGAAACCCCCAAGGAGGGAUCCUCCGGGCAGGAUUCGGCUGCCUUCCUAGCGGGAGUAGUCAGGAAAAUGAAUCAUCGUGUUGAGCCAAAAAGCAACAAGCAAGCCCAAAAGUGUGUUGGCCUGGAAAGCAGCAGGUCCAGAGCCUCAUUGGUAUAUCAGGAAUCAAAUGGCCCCAGCGCACCCUCAGUUAUCCCCUCCUGCUGGGACUGGUGCCUCCGCCUGCCCGCCCAGCUCCCAGCCUGAAGCACCAGCAGCACCCAGGCUUCGUGCUGGUGCAGGUUAUCGACUCCAGUUGGACUUCAGUCUUGCUGCCAGAAAUGCCAUAUUUUUUAUACCUAUUUACAAAUUGCCUGGGAUCUCAAGUACAAUACUAACCUUGAUCCCCCUCAGGGCAGGGGGGAGUUUUUGCCAGGCCAAGCACUUCAUUCGGUGUUACUGUCCUGUAGCAGCAGAAUUGCUGCUUCACGUGCUGCUCGCUUCAAACCAGAACAAACGUGUGGUAUUGCCUGGGGGAGCCUGGCCUCCUACAAAAGCAGCUUUCUAGAUUUUUAAAAGCUAAUGGGAAUUAAUUACUGUCAUCUGCUGAAGAGGCACCUUUCAAAUUCAGAAUAAUAUCCUUGUGAUGUUGUGUGUCUGCCGAUGGCCGGCCCUGCUGCAGCCGGAUCCACAGACUCCUGUGUGCCGCAGGAGCGGGAGUGCUGCUCCAGCAGCUCUUGCUUAGGAAAAACCCUUUGGCCGCAGGCUGGAGCACGGCUCCACUGCGCUGUGGGGUCUCCUGCGGGGAUCCAAGCAUCUGCUCAUGUGCUUAAGCCUCCCCGCAGACAUGAAUGCAUCACUCGCCCCGGCACCCUGUGGUGUGCGGCGUCAGCCACAAGCACCGACAUCGUGGCUGGCAUUUCCACUUAGGUAAUGACUCCACAGUCCUGGGCAAGGACCAGUAGCUCUUACCACUUCGUGGCCAUCGGCUCAGGUUCGGAGCCUGUCCCACGAGCCAGGCUCCUGCCAGCUUGAGCCAGGCUCCUGCCAGCUUUAGCCAGUCUGUGUCCAGUAACCCCACCUCAUGCCUGCCGUGGCAUCUAAGAUGGAGCUUUAUCUCCUGCAGUAGGUUUGAACCUCUUUUCAAUAUUGGGUAUGACUAGAAAAUCUGAGCUCUCCGUAUUUUGAGCUAUUUUCUAUUUUGGUGAUAGGUUUCAGUGCUUUCUCUACAUACAGUAUUUUAUAUAACACAGCUAUAUAUAUAUAUAUAUAUAUAUACUUACAGGGCUGGGCUGCCCAGGGAAGUCCCACCAAUGUGUUGUAGAAAUAUUUCACUAAAUAUGAAAUAUAUUUGAUUAUUUUAUAUGCUAUGAGUUUGGUAUUUUGGUACUUCUUUCUGUGCUUAUUACUGUGCUAAAUGUAAAAUUAAACCUAAAUAAAGUUUAA